CUUUCAAAGUAUCAGUCGAGCGGCCGUUGUCAACGUGAGAACUCAAAGCUGUCGCAAUCAACGAGUUAGCCCUCUUCUCUCGUCUCAUCCACGGCUCUUUGUCAUUUAUUUUUACUUACUUUAGCCCUCUUCUUCUCCGCUUCAUCUUUUUCUUCGUUCAACGUAGGACAGCGUCUCGUCUUUGACGGAACGAACAAGGAGAAAAACUGUAUGGAUCCUAGAAGGUACACGAGGCUUUUAGUGACGACUUGACGAAACGCGUCGACCGUGUGCUGCGUCUUCUUCUUCGACGUGUCAAGAUUCCUAAAGAAGGUGCUAAGAAGAUAAUUUUCGAGGUCGAUUCGGGAUCGAUUGAUGAUCAUCGGUUGUGAACAUUCACCCUGAGAUAUUGACUGCAGAUAAUGGAACUUGUACGAUGGUCAACGUCCGCUAUUGUUAUGUCGUCCACAGCGCUAUUUCUCUUCCUUUUAUCGUUUGUAAGUGCACAAUUGGAUCUGCGUGAGUCAAAUGGCAACGGAUAUGGACGUCAACUUCCUUCAAACGAAUUGGAUUACCGAAAUAUUUUAGCGAGAUUAGAUUUUCUCGGUGCUGAACGAUGCAGUGCUAAUGUAGCUGCUCAGUGGGGCUAUGAAACCGACAUCAACGAAUAUACGCAAUUGCAAGCACUCGAAGCCCAGCAACUGUACGCUGAUUUUCAAAAUCAAGCUUGGCAGUUGAUCUCUAGAAUUGACACCAACAAUAUAAGGGAUCCAAUAAUAAGACGUCGACUAAGAUAUCUCUCCGUAGUUGGUCCAUCGGCUCUUCCUUUAGACCAAUUAGACAGAUAUAAUCGAAUAAUUAACGAUAUGCUCGCAAUUUACAAUGGAGCGACCAUAUGCGCGUACAACGAUCCGUUUAAUUGUGGACUUCGUUUGUACCCAGAUAUCGCUGGAAUCAUGGCGAAAAGUCGAAAUUGGGAUGAACUGCAAUACGUGUGGACGGAAUGGAGAAGACGUAGCGGUGCUCCGAUGAGAGAUCUUUAUCAGCAACUAGUAACAUUAAACAACGAAGCAGCCAAAUUAAACAAUUUUUCGGAUGCUGCACAGUAUUGGAUGUUCCCUUAUGAAUCUCUGGACUUUGAGCAAGAAAUUGAAAAUGUAUGGGAAAUUAUUAGACCACUUUAUGAAGAACUUCAUGCUUAUGUUAGGAAAAAGUUGAGAGAUUUGUAUGGACCUGAAAAAAUCAGUGGACACGCACCACUUCCUUCUCACGUAUUAGGAAAUGUAUGGGCUCAAUCAUGGAUGAACAUCCAAGAUAUAACAAUUCCUUACCCCGGUAAAAACUAUUUAGAUGUUACACCAGAAAUGCAAGCUCAGGGUUACACGCCGAUAGAUAUGUUCCGAAUCGGUGAAGAAUUCUACUUAUCCUUAAACCUGAGCGCUAUGCCACCAGAAUUCUGGGCAGGCAGCAUUAUCGUCGAUCCCGGUAAUCACCCCUUGAUUUGUCAAGCCUCGGCAUGGGAUUUCUGCAAUCGUCUAGAUUACAGGAUUAAGAUGUGUACGAAGAUUACCAUGAAAGAUCUCAUCACCGUACAUCACGAGAUGGCUCAUAUUCAGUACUUUUUACGAUACAGUGGACUUCCUCGUGAAUUUCGAGAUGGUGCUAAUCCAGGCUUCCACGAAGCUAUCGGUGAAGCUGUGGCACUGAGUGUAGCUACUCCGCGUCAUCUUCAAACUUUGGGAUUAGCAAACAAGUACAUCGACGAGCCUGCGGCCGAUAUUAAUUAUCUCUUUUCCUUGGCCAUGGAAAAAUUGGUCCUUCUUCCGUUCAGCCUCGCCGUGGACAAAUGGCGAUGGGACAUUUUUCGUGGCUACAUCAACCGAGAAGAAUAUAAUUGUCACUGGCACAGAUUGAAGGAACAAUAUAGCGGUGUGAAACCACCUGUCCUCAGAUCCGAAGAUGAUUUCGACCCUGGUGCAAAGUAUCACAUUCCCGCUAAUAUUCCAUAUAUUCGAAAUUUCGUGGCUGGAAUCCUUCAAUUCCAAAUCUACCGUGCUCUAUGUCAGGCUGCAGGUCAAAGAUUUCCCGAUGAUCCACGAAGACCACUGCAUAAAUGUGACUUUUAUAGAAGUCCCGAAGUUGGAAGACUUCUCGGAAACUUGAUGGAAAAGGGCUCAUCAAUGCCAUGGCAAGAAACACUCGAACAAGCGAUCGGAGAAAACAGAUUGGAUGGAUCAGCUUUAAGAGAAUAUUUCAGACCACUCGAGGACUGGUUGAGAACAGAGAAUCUAAGAACCGGUGAGGUUGUUGGUUGGUCUUACGAUGGCGAUUACUGUAAACGUAGUAUAGAAACAGCCGGACUACAGGUAUACGGAAGUGGUUAUUACAAUUCUGCAUUUUCAAUGUUCGAAACGUCUCGGAUACUUAAAACAACGAUCAUUCUUUUAAUUGCGGUAUUCCUCUAUUAAAAGAAAUCGAUUAACAAAUUCUAUACAUGAAUACAAAUUCUAAACAUGUGAACUAUGAACAUUACUAAAAAUGGAUAAGUAUAUGCCUAAGAACUAUAAAGUGAGAAUAAAGAAGUUGAAAUCAAGAAGUUUAAUCAAAGGGGCCAGUGUAAAAGAAAUAUUGAUUUCGUUGAUCAUUAAGUUUGAUCUUUCUUUAAUGAAUACUCGGUGCACGAAAUACUUAUGUAAUUCUCUAAUAUAACGUAUGUGCCGAACUUAUGUAUGUUUGUGUGUCACACGAGCGUAUAAGUCUUAGUUCCACGCUCAUCUGUAAUCAAUAUACUCAGCACUUUUCAUUAUCUUGAUUUAAGCGUUGCUAAAACAUGAAUAAAAUUAUCGACUUUCUCAUAA